AUGUCCAUAUCGUUCGGGAAUGCUGGAUGGUCGAACGUCCCCAUCGCCGGCUUCUACGCCGGCACCCAGGCGUACUUGAUCCGGCCUUCGGGCGCGCGCAAGAUGCUGGAGAACAUUCGAGGGAAGCCGUUUCAGGACAUUGACAUGACGAUGAUGGCUUCAGUGAAGAACUACGUGUGGCGCAGAGUCCUGGUCCAGGAUCGGCCUGACAAGGAUCUGGACCUCCUGCAGACCAGCGCUGGCUCCGGAGCGAAGACGGUGCCCGUCUGCAACCGGGAUCCGCCCAGCGAUCAGUUCUGGUUUGACCUGAUCCAGCAUCGAGCCCUCCUUUGCCAGAUGCUCCUGACUCAACUACAGUCCUGGCUUUCCGCCGCGGAGGAGGAGCGGCUCCGAGUCCUGCUGGCCUCGCUGCAACUCUUGGGGGAGGUGAGCGAGACGAUGCGGCCCCACUUCCUCCAGCUCCUCAGGACGCCAGAGCUCAUUGUAGAGAGCCUCCUGAUGAAUGCGCGGGUGGAUUUGCUGAAGAAGUUCCUGGAAGACUUUCCAGAGUAUCGCCACGACGAGCUCAUCCUUCGCUAUGCCCGGAAGGCUUUGGCGUUGCCUCCGGUGCUCACGGAGGAGGCCGAGGAGGCUUGCGAAGGGACUGCGGUUUGGGUGACAGGAUGCCUAUCGCAAAAGGAGUAG